CGCGCGUUCCCACAAUGCUCCGCGGCAGUCACUAUGGAGGCCGGCAGGACGGCUGUGCUCCGAGUGAAGCGGAAGCGCAGUGCGGAGCCGGCCGAGGCUCUUGUGCUCGCCUGUAAACGCCUCCGGAGCGACGCGGUCGAGUCGGCGGCCCAGAAGACGCCACAGGGUCUGGACAGAGCAGCCGAGAAUAAUGUCUUCCAGUUGGUGGCCACUGUAUGCUCCCAGGAGGAGCCAGUCCAGCAGCUCCUGCGGGCAGCUCUGCGCCCGUCACGGGACAGCCAGCAACGUGUCCGCCGCAAUCUCCGCGCCUCAGCUCGAGAGAUCAGGCAGGAAGGCCGCUACCGGGUGGUCUCCAGCCGCCGAUCCUCGGGGACCACCUCGAGCGGCCAGGAGUCCGAGUACACGUCGGGGAACCCAGAAGUCUCCGGGGACUCGGGCUUUCAGCUGUUAGACCUUGUCCACGAGGAGGGAGAACCUGAAGCCGCUGCUGCGGCCUCCUGCAAAACAUCUGACUCAGAUGUGAUACUCUGCAAUUCUGUAGAGUUGAUCCGUGAGCGAUUGACUGUAUCUGAGGACGGACCAGGAGUCAGGCACCAGGAAGAACAAAAACAUGACUAUGUAUAUGACAUUUACUACUUGGAGACGGCCACUCCAGGCUGGAUUGAGAACAUCCUCUCCGUGCAGCCCUAUAGCCAAGAGUGGGAGCUGGUGAAUGAUGAUCAAGAACCAGAGGACAUGUACGAAGAUGAAGAUGACGAGAACAGUGAGAAUAACUGGCGCAAUGAGUACCCAGAGGAGGAGAGCAGUGAUGGAGAUGAGGAUUCCAGAGGCUCUGCUGACUACAACAGCCUGAGUGAGGAGGAAAGAGGCAGCAGCAGACAGCGGAUGUGGCACAAGUACCCUCUGGAUGUGCAGAAGGAGUUCGACUAUGACAACCUCCAUGACCUGGAUUCAGACUGAUGGUCUUGUGAUGUCCAUGAGGUUCUGCCACAAGCCCGUGAGGGCUCUGAGUCCAGGGUAAACUGCCCUGCUGACAUCCUCUUAGGUUUCCCAGCUUAACAUGUGGAAGAAAAGCAUAUCAAGCAUGUUGGGCAGCACCAUCCCAACACAGUGAAAACUUUUGUUAAGGGAGUGUGUCUUUUCCACUUACAGUAGGGCCCCUUGGCCUCAUCAAAAGUAACCCUACAGUUUGAAAGAAAAAAAAAAUGUUAUAAAAAGGAAGGUUCCUUUAGCUUCCUGGCCCAGGCAUUUUCCUGGAAUUCAGGUCAGGUUCUCCUGUGCUGAAACCACAAGGGAAAGAGAGGUUCCCAUUUCAUUAGCAGCAAGUUUCUGCCUUGCCAUACCACCAGGCUGCCUGCCUCUAAGAAAACCCUGUUCCUUUGGAUAGAUGGCAUCUAAGAGGGGUACCAGUGGGUCCCUUGUAGCAAUAGAGACUGGAUAGUAAAAUGGCCAUUAGGGCAGAAAGUAGUCUGUCUGAGCUGUGGGAGAUUUUAUAUACCAACCAUCUCUGCUUCCAAACUCUGAUAAUGGUUGCGAAAUUACUGACUUCCUUUGGCAGUGGUGCCAAGAAACAGCAUAUGUAUGAAUGUGAUACAUGUGUUUAGUAAAAGCUUUGAACAUGGAA